AUGAGUUCGCCCGCAUCUUUCGUCACAGCCCGACAGGCCCAGUCGUCGCUCUUGACUCCAGACGACUCAAGCCCUCCAGGUUCGGAGCCAGAGCCGGUCUCAGACGACUUUACAUAUCACCAUCCGCAGGCGCCUCUCCAUCGCCCCACCAAGCCCCUAACCUACCAAUUGCGAACCCACUCUCUUGUUUAUUUGGACGGCCAGCAAUACCUCGACGGCUUUACGCUCCUUGACAGUCUCCUCGUCGCCGGAAACUCCAUCUCUACACCAGAGAAUCCCCACCCAGCCCUGCUUCCACCUCCACAAUACCUCGCACUCGCCUCGACGCUUAUAGUAUAUCCCUCUCUCACCACAAAGGCCAAGUCAUUCGAUAAGCAAAAGGCUGCAAACUCUGCGCUGCACUAUUUACGCAAUGUGAGCAAAGUCGUGGAUCCUUCAAGCGAUGCCCUUCAGACUGCUUUUGCAUUUGCAACUCCAGGCUCGACUCGUAGAGCCGGAAGAGGAAGAGGAGAAGACUCUCCGGAUGGUUUGGGGGAGACCAAACUCACAACGAACGUAGCGAAUGCUGGGUCUAUAUGGACAAGGGCGGAAGAUUUCUGGCACAUCGUUGGUUGGGCGUUCAACUGUUCAGUGGCCUAUAAGAAUAGGUGGGAGAGGUGGAAAUUGUGGCUGGAACUUAUGCUCGACUUUGUUGAAGCUGAUUGGAACAAGCGGAUGCCUCUUUUCUCAACUGCUAACAGCGACGAUCAUAUCGCGACUCUAAUAUGGCGUUACAUCGCCUCUCAGGAGCCACAAAGUCGGACCACAAGAAGAAGAAUCCUACGCGCUAUCCUGGCAGAUGGUACUUCCAAAGCGAUGAAAGAGUUCACGGAGGUGUUCAAAGAUGAGGCGAAAGAAAGGAAGCAAGAUGAAGAGGCAGUAAUCAAGGUCCAAAAACCACUCGAUAUCGAUAAUGACGAGUUCGGAGAUUAUGAUCUUUCCGAAGACGAAGACGCUGUCAUGGAAGACACAACCGAGCGAGCUUCGACUCGUCCAUCGAGGAAAGCCUCAAGACAGAAAGAGUCGUCUACUUCUUCAGAAUAUUCAUCUGAUGAGGAUGAAGAUGGCAGAGAGGCGAGGGACCCGGUAGAGAGGCUAGGCGGUAUGGAUGCCAUCAAACUGCGACAACGAUUACUUCAUCUUCUUGUGGACGUAGCCGCCGCUACUGGACACCUCAGUAAAGCCAAAAAAAUGUAUUCACCCGCCCCGUUCUCGACGGCAGAUGAUUUAUUCGAUCUCUACACGGAGUUCCUUCGGCCACUUCCAACUUCAGUCUUCAGCAUUUUCCUCAGCACUUCAAAACUAGACCCAUCGGCCCAGGCAAGGCUAAACACGACUCUCCUGAUUCCACUGUUGCCUGCAAAUCCUUCGGAAUACUAUCCCCUGCCAGACCAGUCACAAUUCGAGGAGCAUUACUUACCAUUCGCUGCAAAUACGCAUAGUUAUGGAGAUAAUGCAAAGAUAAGCUUAAUUUUCGAGUCACUUUUCAUACAGAUGAUGAAAAACAAUGCCCUACAACCUUCAAAGGAACUACGCCAGGCCGUGGAGGAAGGUGUGGCAGCUCGGCAGGCUAAGGCAUAUGGCGACGCAAGACGGAAGCAGCGUAGGGAAAGCGAGGAGGCUGCAGCAAAGGACAUCCUGAAAAUGAGCCAGGAGAGGUUACUGGGGUUGGUCGAGAUAUUAGAAUUAUCGUCUGAUGACCUACCGAGCCUGCCAAGCAAUGCUUCGACACCGCGCGGUGUCAACCAAGCCAUCUCCUCCCCAUUAUCGUCCGCCAUUUCAGACCAUGAUAUAGAUGCGAUGGAACAUUGA